CCAUCAGGUUGCACAGGUGAGUGCGAAACAGAUUACUUCAUCACCUUAGCUGUCUUCAUCCACAGCUCAUCAAAACUAUGGCCCUUUACGUAAACGGUCCAUAUUUGAGAACAUAGAAGACCUCAUUUCUCUGGAAACUUCACAAGCUUCAAAUGCAAUGGACAGAAUUGUCCGCUGUGCUCGAAAUCCUACCUCACAUUUUUUGGCCUUCGAAGGCAUAUGCAAUGUCAUCAGGACGGUCGAGUACAUCAAACAUGUGUUCAUUGCCAGAAGCAUUACAAAUCAUCCGGUGCACUGAAGAUCAACUCAAAACACAUUCUUUACCAUGCCUUUGUGAGAAAUGUGGAAGAAGCUUCAGUAGACCGUGGUUAUUGAAAGGCCAUCAGCGAACACAUACAGGUGAGAAGCCGUACGCUUGUUCGUUAUGUGGCCGAAAUUUCGCUGAUCGUAGCAAUCUCAGAGCACAUGAACAAACACAUUUCCCGCAAAGGAAACAUAGAUGUGUCUAUUGUAAACUGUCAUUUGCUCGUGCUCAAGUGCUGGAAAAACACAAAGCAGUUUGUCCCUCAAGACUUGAUGAGAAUUCGAGCUGA